CCCCUCCAUAAUUCAAUCAGAAAAAAUGAGUCUCAAAACCACAUUCCUAACAUAUUUUUUUGCCAUUUUUGCAAUUUUAUUGGCAUCUCGAAGUCUCAUAAGUAUUCCAAAAUCGUCAUCCCUCAAAUACUUUGUCAACCUAAGUGAUCUCACCACCUCAUCCUCAGUGCCCAAUAUUAUUUCUUUUCUCAUCCCACAAAGCAUAUUUGCUAGGCAUCACAAAAAACAUGAGGAUGGGGGAAAAAUAGGAUCCAUUUGUGAUGAUUUUCCACGUGGUUUUCCUCCUCCAGACACCAACACAACCUCCUACCUUUGUGUUGAUCGAAAUGGGUGUUGCAAUUUCACAUUGGUUCAAGCAGCUGUUGAUGCAGUUCCAACUCCUAGCCCGAAGAGAACAAUAAUUUGGAUUAAUAAGGGCAUUUACUAUGAGAAAGUCACGGUUCCAAAAACCAAACCAAAUAUAACAUUUCAAGGACAAGGGUAUGAAACGACCGCAAUAUCAUGGAACGACACAGCCAAUUCAGCGCAUGGCACAUUUUACAGUGGCUCAGUUCAAGUUUUUGCUGACAACUUUGUUGCCAAGAACAUAAGCUUCAUGAAUGUGGCUCCAAUUCCGAAGCCUGGAGAUGUGGGAGCUCAAGCUGUAGCGAUUAGAAUAUCAGGAGACCAAGCAGCAUUCUUGGGUUGUGGGUUCUUUGGAGCUCAAGACACCCUUCACGAUGAUAGGGGCCGCCAUUACUUCAAGGAUUGCUAUAUCCAGGGCUCCAUUGAUUUCAUCUUUGGCAAUGGAAGGUCAUUGUAUGAGAAUUGCCAAUUGAUUUCGAUGUCAAACCCAGUACCCCUAGGAACAAAGAGCAUAAACGGCGCGGUUACAGCGCACGGCAGAGCUUCCAAGGAUGACAACACUGGCUAUGCAUUUGUCAACUGCUUCAUUGGAGGGACUGGAAGAGUAUGGCUGGGUCGAGCAUGGAGGCCUUUCUCUCGAGUGGUUUUUGCCAGCACUACGAUGACAGACAUUAUAGCUCCUGAAGGGUGGAAUGACUUCAAUGAUCCAACAAGAGACCAGACUAUAUUCUAUGGAGAAUACAAUUGCUCAGGUGCAGGAGCAAAUAUGAGCUUGCGUGCGCCUUAUGUACAGAAGCUCAAUGACACACAAGCUUCUCUUUUCCUUAAUGUGUCUUUCAUUGAUGGGGGAGAUUGGCUGCAAUCCAUUAUUAAUUAUUAAUCAAUUAAUUAGACUCUCUUUUGAGUCUCUUUCUUAUCUCUUCCAAGUGUAACAUUGUGAUUAAUUGUUCAUGCUCUCAUCAAUGUACAUGACAACAUUCAAUCAAAUAGGAACAUGAUUCAUUGAUUUGCAA